AUAAGAAACAAGCCAAGGAGCUCGAGGCGUACAAGACCGACGAUGAUCCCGGCGUGCGACUCGGCGCGGGCCUCGCGCCUGCCAGCCAAAGCAGCUGGAGUUCGCAUCCAGAAUAUUCAUAUAAAGUACGGCAGGCGUCACAUCGAGGAUGGCAAGGAGACAAAGCUCCUCGAGAAGCUCGUCAAGAAGCCAAAGAAGCCCGAGAUCGUGCGUGAUACGACGCGCUACCUCUCCGAGCAGAACGGCGACCUCUUCGAGCUCCUGGUCAAGUGGGCAAAGGAUAAGAAGGGGAGUGACCUCAGGCAGGCAUCGCUCACCGCGCUCGUCGCCGCGGCGAGGCUCGACUCGCUCUCGGUCGCAGGUGACCUGAUCACGCACAAGGACAAGGACGUGCAGAUGGCCGGCGUGAGCCUCGCCAAUCGCAUCGCUCAGUCCAACGCGACCAGCCGACCAGCCGCUGCCGCGGUCCUUCAAAAGGGCGUCGCCAGCAAGGAUGACACCGUUCGUCUCGCGGCGACGCGCGCCUUGCUCGGGUUCAACGAUCGCAGCGCUGCCGCAGCAGCGCUCGAGAUCGCGGCGACCACCGAGGACGCGAUGCUUCGCAAGGAGCUCUUGACGAGCACGCUCGCUGGCAUCGACCGCGGCCUCAAGCCCACCAUGGCCCAGAUCAAGCCGCUGCUCGAGAAAGAGAAGGAGCUCCCCGCUGACGAGAAGGUCAUCGUCUACAAGCUCGCUGGCUCGACCAAUGAUGGCGCCAUCAAGGAGACGUUGCUCAAGUUCUACGCCUCCAAUGAUUACGACGAGCGUUUGCUCGCGACCCAGGCGCUCCCCUACACGGAUGACUCCGGGGUUAUCGGCCUCCUCGAGCGCUCGUUGUUUGAAGGCAACCCGAUGAUGCGCCUGUACGCCGCGCAGGGGUUGCAGCGCAAGGCCAACAAGCAGUCGAUGAACGCCUUGCAGAAGGCGCUCAACCGCGAGAAAAACCGCGACAUCAAGCUCGCCGUCAUCGGAGCCCUCGGGAACGUCGAUGAUCCUCGCGCGCUCCAGGUGUUGCGCUUCCAGGUGACCUCGACCGAUCCCGCCAUCAAGAAGGCGGUCGUCGCGGCGGUCCGCGCGCAGGGGAAGAAGGAUGGCUACAAGGUGCUCGAGCAGCUCCUUCGCGAUCGCGACAAGGAGGUCCGCUGGAGCGCGUUCGUCGCCGCGAUGCAUAUCGCGCCCAAGCAGGGUAAGGCGUUUAUGAGCGGCGCCUUGCGUGAGCCGCCAGCGAGCUUUGCCGUCGAUAUCGAGACCUUGCCCGAGGCGGCUCGUAAGACGAUCGUCGAGGCCGCCGCCAGGAGCACCCUCACCAGCGUUCGUCCGCUCGGGCUCGGGUACAUCAAGAGCCACCGCGCCGAGUACAGCGAACUCAUUCGCACACUCGUCGCCGAGGAGUCUUACAACGUCGGCGCCCGUCGCUCGUUGCUCGACACGCUCGCCGCGCACCCGAGCAAGCAAGACCUCACGACGAUCGAACGCCUCGCCAGCAAGGAGCGCGAUCUGAACGUGCGUAAGCAGGCGGCGCGUAUCCUCGUCGCGCACGCGACCUCGGAUAUGCUCGCGACCUUUAGAGGGAUGCUCUCGGCUCCUGACGCCGAACUCCGCGCGCUCGCUGCGCUCGGGCUCGCGAAGAGCAGCUCCUAA